UUAGAAAAUUCACACACAAAUCUCAUGAUUAUAAGUAGUAGUAAUUAACUAGUUAUUCCAACUUAAAAAUGCCGCGUUCAUAGAAAGAUCUUAUUGGUCAAAAUUAUUUAUAGUGGGGAAAAAUCAACUGUCAUUACUCCAAUCAAAAAUUCUUUGAAAAAUGUCAGAAAACAUUGACAAAAUGACUUGGUACAUUUGUAAAUAAAAAUAGUUGAUUGUUGAAUAACUGUUUCAUUUCUGACUUUAUAUCGUGCGUGGAACAAGACAAAGUUAUAGUUUAAUACAGUGUGCGUAAAAAAUAGUUUAGUGUGAUUUGUAAGACAACAGUGACAACAGUGGAAAAAUAAGUAUGGAUGAAAAUUAUAAGGAAAAAAGGGCGGCCAAAUUGGGGUAUAGACCGCAAAAGGAAAACGAAUACAACGAACUGCUACCCUACGCUCAAUAUAUAGACGAAGAAUCGGAAAAACUAUUCAUUGCAAUCAAAACUAACCUUGUCAAAUCUGUUUUGGCUCGCGAAAUGCGACCAGGAUGUGCCCUGUGGACGUCUCGACUUAAUAAAUAUAUAAAAAUUUAUGGAUUAAAAUUUUCAAAGGAGGACCAUAUCGCUUUGGUAAAGCUAUUUUAUGAAUUAAUGACUAUUUCCGAUUUGGAACCAACGAGAGUGAACAAAUGCGCUUUUACGUUAUCGCAGUUACUUAAAAAGAAACAUCUAUUGAGUCGAGAUGACCUACAAUUGGAGUGGCGUCCUUUAUAUGAUUUAUGCAUUCGAGCAUUAGAUAAAAGUAAAAGUGGUAUAGGAAUGUAUAGGUAUUUUUCAACUUUUGAAAGUACCUUGUUCACUGCAAUAAAAAAUUGCAAAUUAUAUUUUCCUGCAUCAGCUACCCAAGAAAUUUUAGAUGAAUUUAGAUCAAAGUUGUGCCCUUUUAAUGUUGAUGGAAUAUCAACUGCAAUUCAGUAUCUUGAAUUAUUUUUACCCACUGCUAUGAAGCCUGAAGAGGCACCUAUAGGAUAUAAUCUAUGGCUUAAUGAAUUUAUGAACUUAUGGGAAGCAUGCCCUAAUGCUGGCAGUUGGGAAAACAACAUGAUGUGGAUAUUUUCUGGCUUAGCCUCCUAUCAAAUGGGUUAUGUUGAUUGGGAGCCAUAUGUAGAGGGUAUGUUUGUUAGAUUUCAGAGGUGUUUACAAUUGCCUGUAAAUUUUAAGCAGCGUCAAUUGGGAAAACAAUUCAAAAUUGACACUUCCGCCAUGGCCAUCUGGAUUAUAUGCUCACUGCAUAAAGACAAUUCUACAUUUUUCCAUUUGGAGAAACUGAUGCAGACUUUAGAAUCUUACUUUUAUCCAGCAAAUACGGGAAGGUGGACUAUAAAACUGCGAGAGUUACUUAAAAAACUGACCUUCUUUUUCGUUCAGCGAUUACAUUGGGAACGUUUCAAGAAGCCCUCGUGGAACAACAACGUUCCCGAUCAUUUCAAACUGACAGAUGACGAUAUAGAUCGCUUCGUUAACAUACUGAAACCCUGUGUCGAGCCUGCCAUGUAUUCUCGCCUAGGGUCACAAGAUGUCAUCUUAACUUUGUCAUAUUUAGCUUCUCUUAGACCGAAUUUGAUUAUACCCGGUAUUUUGGACAAACUCUACGCUUCCAUGGACAGUUUGACUGAGCCUCAUAAGCUCACGUCAUCGAUGAUGGCCGUUGUUGCCGUAGGAAGACAUAUGGUACAAGGCACUCACAACAACUAUCCUGAAGGCCCUACUCAUGUGAUUCCUCUUUUGAUGGCCCUUUUACCGGGUAUCGAUCCCAACGACAUCCGAAAGUCUUACGUCACCUUUAAUUUUAUCGUGCGUUUCGUUAGUAUGGUGCCUCUAAUCAAUUGUUCAGAUGCCUACAAUCACUACAACAACCUGACUGAAGAAGAACACUUGUUAUGUGAAGCUACAGCAGGAUUCGAGGAUUUCGUCCUGCAAUUUUUUGAUAAACUGAUCGUGUGGGUCGAUUCGAGCUCGCUGGAUUUCGUUAGAUUGGAACAGAUGGCCAGCAACAACAAUUCAAAGAACAGAUCGGAAUCUAUAGCUGAGUCAGCCGUGGGAAGCCUCGUUCAUGCCGUUUUGAAUCAGUGUUCUCCAUCGAUAUUUCAUAGUGCCUUAAGAAAAGUUUACAACUUUGUGGCGGACAGAAUUCUGGAGGUGCAAGUAGCAGGAAAAUUAGUUGCGGUAGUCGUUCGUGCUUUUUCCAUGGUCAAUCCGAAAGAAACCUUAAAAGUUUUCUUGCCUUAUUUGAUGGGUGCUAUAGAAGAAGCCUUAAAUGAAAAUCCGAACCUGAUCCAGGAUGAACACGUUGACGCAAAGUUCUUGUACAAUAUGAUGAUUUUAUCUGAGGUUGUUGAUGGUAAAGACGAACUAUUACCUUAUAUAGAUCCGUUAACUAAAAUACUAGACAAAACUUUACAUAUGACAUGUCUGCAGGCUAACCAGCUAUCUGCAAGAAUUCUUGAACUAAUUUUAGCUUCUUUAACAAACAUCUCAACUAGAGAUUCCAGAAGUUCAGAUCAAGACUAUGGUACUCCUGUGAAGGAUUUCUUACCCAUAAGGGAGUGGGGUAAAGCUCAAAGUAUCGAAGACUUAAAAAUAAGUUGGUACGUUCCUAAAGAAAAAGAAAUUGAGGCUGUUCAGCUGUUGGUUAAUAAAUAUUUGAUACCAGAACUGGAAACCUUAAACCAGUUUGCUUCUGGAGAUUUAAAAAUAUCGCGACAGGAACUCAAGUGUACUUUAAAGAUUAUCAUUUCUAUUCUUUCCUGUCAUUUAUUGCUUCCUAUCUGGGAAGAACCGGCCUAUAAACUAGUGGACUCAGUUUUGGAUCCUUGGGCGUUUAACUUAAUAGUUAUAGAAAAUGGAACGGUUAAUAUGCCGGACGGUAGCAACAUUCGGAAAGGUAUUGUAAAUACUUUACACAGAGCACAGAGGAAGUUGCUAGAAUUAGAUGAAGGAGACACAAAAAGUAUUCAAAAUAUUAUCCAUAUAUACAAUAUAGUUCUCUUCAACAAAUCGAGAAAUCAAGACUUUGAGCUUCAUUGGAAGUCAUUUCACGUGGCCAAAAAGAUUCUGGAAGACCGUCUUCAUAAGAAGAAACAACACUUGAGACAUAUGCAUUUGGAGAGGGUGAUGAUUCAGCAAGAGCUGCGAAUAGAGUGUAGGAAUUGUUCGUUUACUCUCACUCACAAGCAGAUUCUUGAAGAUCUUUUGGAACUGGCAGUAUCAAGAUAUAGUGAAAUUAGAAUUUCAGCCCAAUCCAAACUGUUUGGAAUGAUCCAGUACUUCCCUUAUUCUUUUACUUUGUUAACUGAUAAAAUCAAGGAAAUACUAAAAAUGGAUUCAGUGGAGAAUCACGAAAAAUUCAAAGGAUGUCUCUAUAUUCUCUUAGGCCCUAAAAACUCACCCAUAGUUGCCAGACAUGAUUGGGACUUUAUCAAAGAGAUAUGGCCGCUAAUUGUGAAGUCAAUGCCUUCAGAAAAACCUUCUAUAGUAAAUCUGAUAGCGGCCUUGUCAGACUCUGUGCAGAAAUAUUUUCCUACCAUAGCUAUAAAGCUUACUAUACCUGAAAGAACACUGAGGUCAGCUUAUGAUUUGGCUAACACCAAGCCGUUUGUUUGCAAUUUAGUCGAAUUUCAGAAGUUUAUUGAUAAUGGGGAGAAUUACUUAAAAGAAAAAUCGCUCCAAAGACGAGAGGCAUACAACCAUACAAUGUCAUCAUUGUUAGAGGCAUGUGAAAAUGGAAAUUUACACUGGAGAUACAACUCUAUGGCAAUAAGCUUUAUAAAGAAUUUGGUCCAUUUCGACGUAAACUACGACCCAAAAGUCGUCAGAUUCUUCCUGAAGGCCACCAUAAACGAAUCGUUGCACAUUAGGAAGAACGCCAUCAAGGUGCUGGUCUAUAUAACCAUCCAGAACAAAUCAAAAUUCAAAAAAGUCGAAAUCGACACGUACCAGAUGUUAAAUUGCCAACCUAACGACAGAAUGGUACCUGGAGAACGACCAGAUAAUCAGUGGUUGAUGUACAACAGGGAGAAAAUACCAAAAACUAACGAAGAAUGGGAGAAAUUGAAGUUCAUGCACAAUCAAAGUGUUGGUUAUUAUACCUGGCCCAAAAAGUUGACGUUUUAUGCUCCACCAUCUGAGCAAAAAACUGCGGUUUCGGGGCAAGUUGACAUGACCGAGACGCAGAAAGAAAUAUUCAACUUUUUUAGGAAUGAAGACAAUAUUUCACAGUUGAUCAGAUAUCUUUCUUUGGAAGAAAAGAAAGGCCAGGAUAAAUUCAACGCCUUUAGAUUUCUUGCAUUCAAGAAUAUAUUUAAAACUUUUGAAGACGAAUUCCUGCCCAUAUUUCUUCCCCACAUUGAGCGACUGGCCAAAGACAAGCACGAAUCUAGCCAAAUAUGCGCUGCCGAACUCGUAACUGCCAUCAUCCGUGGGUCCAAACACUGGCCCUUCGAAAAAGUGAACAAGAUGUGGCAGCAGAUCUUGCCCAUACUGGACAGCGCCAUCCUCAACAUGAGCAACGAGACUUUAGUGGACUGGGUUCUCUGUAUUACCAUGAGCACCGAAACCAGAGAUCCCACCAUGGUCCACUGGCUUCUAGAAUUUUUGACAGAUGAUCCUUUGAAAGACCCCACCUCCUUUGUCGCUUGUAAUCGGCUUCAUUUGCUUUGCGUAGCUAUUAGUCAGCAAUCCUGGAGGAACGCCCCUAUUUACAAUAGAAUGAUGGAAUAUUUCAGACCACACUUGACACAUCCGUACCAGAAUAUUAGAGACAAAAUUAGUUUGUUUUUGUCGGUGGUUUAUGGCAAAGAUUUAGUGUUUCCUGGCGGUGCUCCCACUCAGGGACCCAGAAUAGAAGAUCUAUUUAAAGAGGUAGCUCCAAAAUUGGAGCUUUUGUAUGAUUAUCUUUUAAAGAAAAGUGAUAAUGACGCUCUGAAAAUGGCAACCGACGAAAAUAGCUGUGAUAAAUCAAGCGAGUGUGAUUUGACUUUGGAGAAAAAUAGGGAAGAUGUUAUGAGAUUAUUUAAAAUAGUAUCCAAAUUCAUUAUCGGUAGCGUCAACAGAGUGAAUUUCAGUCCAAGGCCUGAAUUCUUAAAGCUCAUACCCUUAGCGGCCGUACUGCACAACUACGAUAAGGACGAGGAAAUCCCCAUUCUGGCUGUGAACCUUCUGGUGGUAUUGGCGCAAAGUCCUACCUCUGAAAAACACAUUCCAUACGCCAUAGAAGCCGUUAGCGAGGUUGUUAGGUGUCCACUAUGGUCUGCUAGAAGCGCGAUUUCAGAGGUGUUGCCAGUUUUAAUUUUUUAUAACAUGGCAACGAUAAAUAGUAACAAGCAGUGGGUUUUACAGAUACAAGAUUUAGUUUUACAACUUCUAGAAGAUUCACAGCCUGAAGUGCGGGUUGAAGCAGCCAAAGUUGUUAGUGGAUUAUUACACUGCCAAUUUAUACCAGCACCAACUGACUUAUUGAAUAUAUUCAUGCAAAAAGCGAGAACGAAGGUCAAGAAGGUCAAAACGACUGAAAAUAUUAAUAAAAAUCUUAUUAUCAGGCACGCAGGCGUACUUGGCUUAUGUUCAUUUAUUAACGCCCAUCCUUACAAUGUACCUGAUUACUUACCCAGCGUGUUUGAGGCUUUGGGGUAUAAUUUAAGCGAUCCACAACCAAUACCGGCUACAAUAAGAAAAACCAUGGGUGACUUCAAGAGAACGCAUCAUGACAAUUGGGAAAUGCACAAACUAAAGUUUACUGAAGAGGAAUUAUCUAUUUUAAGUGAUCUCUCGGUUCCACCUAGUUAUUAUGUUUAAGUUUAUAUUUUAAUCUUUUAUUAAAGCGACUGCACUCAAAUUUUUAGAAAAAUAAGUAAUCUUACUUUUCUAUAUUCUUGGGUGAACAAUCUACGGUGCAAGAUUCUUAUAUUUGUUUCGUAUUGUUUUAUUUAUUUGUUUAAUUUUUAUUUUAUAUAGUAUUAGUUUUAAAAUGAGUGACGGAUUAAAAAAAAUAAUAAUAAAUAUAUUAUUUUUACAU